AGUGUCUCAGCGCCUCCGGGUGCUCGGCAGUCUCCUCGUCAUCAUGUUCGUGUUCAUCGCCACCGCCGUCUUCGUCAGAGUUCCUCUGGAGCCGCUCGCCUUCUUCUGCGUCACCAUGGUGAAGAUCGUCAUCAUCAACUCGUUCGGAGCGGUGCUGCAGGGCAGUCUGUUUGGGAUGGCAGGUUUGCUCCCGGCUUCGUACACCACGCCCAUCAUGAGCGGCCAGGGGAUGGCAGGGAGCUUCGCCGCCUUCGCCAUGAUCUGCGCCAUCGCAAGUGGGUCUGAUCUGCAGGAUGCAGCCUUUGGAUAUUUCAUCACAGCCUGUGUUGUUAUCUGUCUGUCCAUCCUCUCCUACAUCCUGCUGCCCAAACUGGAGUUCUUCCAGUUUUAUCAGGAGAAGAACCGGAACCAGAACCCGGAGAACUCAGUGAACCUGAUGAACCCAGUAUUUCUGUCCCCCUCAGAGAGCGAUGGAAAGUCAGCUGAUCAGAGCGGCCAACAGGACGUCUCCAUAAUAAAGAUCUUUAAGAAGAUCUGGCUGCUGGCUCUCUCCGUGUGCUUCACCUUCACCGUCACCAUCGGCACGUUCCCCGCCAUCACGGCCGACACCAAGUCCACGCUGGCCAGGGGGUCCUGGGAGCGAUACUUCAUCCCCGUCAGCUGCUUCCUCCUCUUCAACCUGAGCGACUGGGCCGGACGCAGCCUGACCGCCUUCUGCAUGUGGCCGGGGAGCGACAGCAGAAUACUUCCUGUUUCCAUCGUUUGCCGCCUGGUUUUCCCGCCUCUCUUCAUGUUGUGUAACGUUCAGCCCCGCCUGAACCUGCCCGUGUUCUUCCUCCAUGACGGCUGGUUCAUCUUCUUCAUGGUCCUCUUCGCCUUCAGCAACGGAUACCUGGCCAGCCUCUGCAUGUGCUUCGGUCCAAAGAAAGUUCUCCCUCACGAAGCAGAGACUGCCGGAGCCGUCAUGGCCUUCUUCCUCUCGCUGGGGCUGGCUCUGGGGGCCGGGCUGUCCUUCCUCCUCAGAGCGCUGGUCUAACUAGACCACAUCUGAACUGGAGACCACAUCUGAACUGGAGACCACAUCUGAACUGGAGACCACAUCUGAACUGGAGACCACAUCUGAACUGGAGACCACAUCUGAACUGGAGACCACAUCUGAACUGGAGACCACAUCUGAACUGGAGACCACAUCUGAACUGGAGACCACAUCUGAACUGGAGACCACAUCUGAACUGGAGACCACAUCUGAACUGGUUUAACUAGAAACCACAUAUGUUCACUGUGAGCUGCAGAGAGUGUGUGUCUGAGUGUGUGUCCUCAGGCAGAGAGUGUGUGUCUGAGUGUGUGUCUGCAGGUAGAGAGUGUGUGUCUGCAGGUAGAGAGUGUGUGUCUGAGUGUGUGUC